CGAACGGAGUGUGCAUAUGCACGAGACUUAUUUAUUUUUUUUGUCGUUUCUUUGUCCUUACCUGAGUGCCUCUUAAACUGUCUCUUCAUUAAUUAUGUUAUUCUAAAUAAGUUUUUUUGUUUUCUGUUGUGUGCCAAAAAAACUGGUAUUUUUUGAAUCUGAAGAAUCUGAAAGCUACUAAAGUGAAUUUGAAUAGUUGUUGUGGCUAGCAGCAAGUGCACAAAAAAAAAUUAAUAAUAAAAAUUCUGAAGUGAAAUACGAAAUUAAAUUAGCAAAAUAAAAACUAUUUCAAGCAGAAGAGAAAGAAAUAUUGGAAAUCCUUUAAAGAUAUGGAUCAAUCUUGGUACAUUCCUCGACCGUCAUUGAGUUCAAAUUCGAGUAAAGUUCAGAGUCGAUUUUAUCAUCGUGACAGCGAAGUGCUUGAAAAAACGAAAGAUUGCAAUGAUUGUAACACAACACACUCAUCAGCAUCAUCUCAAAACUCGUCAACACAGCGAGCGAAAAUUAAAAAGAAUCAAAUGCAAGAGACAUGCAUCGAUAACAUUGAAUGUGAUUCACCUAUUAAAAGGGGAUCAAGAUCAUCACAAGGCUCAUCUGAUAGCGAACAAAGUAUUCAUAGUGCUUCCUCACUUCUCUUGACUGUCGCAAAUUUAGAAAACUUUGCAAAAAUUCAGGAACGACAUCAUGCAUCAUCCAUACUUGAUAAUUUCGAGAAAAUUCAUAAACAAAAUCAAGCAUCAAUCAUCAACACUCAUCCGAAUAACUUAUUUGCAUCACACUACAACAUAUCUACCAAAGAGCUUGAUCAAUUGUCUAUGGCAAGUUCAACACAUUUUACAAUGAUUAACGGAUUCGGACGUUCUAGCAUGAAACGAAAGUCAAAGAGUUUUAUUUGCAAGAGAAGUCGACAGGUUUCAGUUCUGAUUGUUACAAUGAGUUUUCUUUUUAUUAUUGGACUUUCUAUAGCUGUUCUUCUCAUUGAAUUGCGUAACCGCGAGAUGCCUAGGUAAAACUGAGCUAGCAGCUUCUUCUAAAACUCUAUUGAAAUUAGCGAAUCCUGAUUAAAUUUAUUCAAGAUGUGUAUAUCUAUUUUUAUACUGCUCUGAACUCUUCACAUGUCUUUAUGUAUUAUUAAUUAAUGUAAAUUUAAUUUAUGUGUGAUUUUAGAUAUUAAUAAAAUUAUUUUAUUGAAUUAUGAUGAUGAGAG